CUAUUGUGCAGCUAAGUCCCAAAGAUGCGAGCUCGCAGUUAGUGAAGGACUGAGCGACCAAGAGACGGCAGUCGCUGAUCCAUGGACCUUUCAAGUAACAGGAAGCAUGGCGAUCACUGGAAUGCAUAGUUGACUAAGUUGAGUGGAACGACCCGGUUUCUUUUCAUAGUAUCAUCGAUUUCUCUGCGUAUGUGUUGUCUUUGUCUUUUUGUGAGUGUUGUCUGCGUGCGUGUGUCAUUGUGUGUGUGCGUCUGUGGGUGGGUGGGUGAGUGGGUGUGCGUGCGUGAGAGAGAGAGAGAGAGAGAGAGAGAGAGAGAGAGAGAGAGAGAGAGAGACAGAAGGGACGAUGCCGAAACAAGGAUCGAGGCAUUACGAGGUUGUACAGAGACCAUGGCAUUCCGCAAACCACGGAGAGCUUCGCAGCGGGAUGAUACGCCAAAUUCUGGAUCUUAUGGAGGUGGUACAUAAGCCAGCGACUCUUGCUAGCCCAGCCUUCCGAGAGCAUGUCUACAGGGUGGUUGAGCGAGUUGAAGAGAUUCUGUACAGCGAUGCCAGAGCGCAAGCAGAGUACCUGGACCCAUGCACCGUACCCAAGCGGCUCUUCGAUGCAUUGGAAAUGGUUAUCGGGAUCGACGGCACGGAGGAGGUACAAGAGGGAGCCGAGAAGCUGCCGCCCUGCGUCGAAGCGGCGUUAGCGCUGUGUUGUCAGCCGCCGAAGGCGCAGCUGGAAGCGAGGCCAGCGUGGGUGCGACCAUCUCUGCCACCCUCUACGUUGCGCGGACAGACUGGUCGGCAGCAAUGGGCGGCGCUUCACGUGCCGUCGGUGAUCGACCCGUAUCUUCGUCGUUGGGAGACGUUGAACAGCUCUUCCCAGUGCCAGCAGAUGACUCCAAGCGGAGUGGCUGCUGCACCUCAAGGCCAAGUCGGAGGGAUGUCUUCCAUGGUAUGUCCGUCGUCAGCCUUUCAUCACCAAAUGGGCUCUACUCCCGUGGGAGUGGGAGUGUAUCUGCCGCAGGAUCAGCGAGAACUAGUGUACACCACCGUGCCCGUAUGCUACCCCAGUGACUGCGGUACUGCUCAAGCGUCGCUGUCUCCCGUAGGCCGUGGCGCUGUGCCUCUGAUGACCGCUGCUCCCGCGCGUUCGGUCACUGCAUUACAUGUCCGAGGAGGAGGAGGAGGAGGAGGAGGAUUCCCUCCCCACGUCGGAGGAGGCGGAGGAGGAGGAUUCCCUCCUCCCUCUGGUCCGUGUGGGUACUAUCAACGGCCGCAGCAGGAGUGGCAAGGGAGAUCUGCGUCGUUGCCGUCGCCUGGAAGGGCAGAGGCAGGAGGAGAGAAACGUGUCUGUGCCUUCGGGCCUGAAAGAGGUGCGUCGGCGGGAGCAGCAGCGGCAGGGGGAGGAGAGGAACGUGCCUGGCCCGUCGGGCCUGGAACAGGUGCGUCGGCCGGAACAGCAGCGGCAGGAGGAGGAGAGGAACAUGUCGAUCCCUUCGCAAUGGCAGCUGAGACGCGCAAGCGAUCGCGGCUGACGACAAGAAAACGAGCAAAAGCGAUGGUAGAGGCGAGAGAUACGUCGCCCGCGCGUGGGGAGAGGAGGCUCCUGCAGGAGGGGGAAGAGAUGACGACGGUGGCGGCGGGCUUGGCGUCAACCGCGCGACGAAAGUCCCUUUCUCUCCGAGCGCAGCAGCACGCGGGGAAAGGUCUACCCCCCCCCAAGGCAUUGACGCUCUCCCCAGCGGUCAAUGUCGUUGAGGGCGGCGGUGAAGGCUCGCCACGGCCGUCGACUGCACGAGGGUGCCCCUUUCGAGGCGCGGAAGCUGGCGGCUUCCCCGGCAUGGAUCGCAGCACGCAUCCGUCGCCGGACACUUGUUCUCCGUUCUCAGCAACGAUCAGUCGAUGGCACCCUUUUGAUGUCGUAGUAGCUUCUCAGGUGAGGGCUUCUUCAGGUAACCGCCAGCUCUCCUCGAUUGGCUCUGAUGCGCGGCCCUUGAUCGAGGAGGAAGAUGAGGCGGCGAUAGCAGCAGCAGCAACAGCAACAGCAACAGCAGCAGCAGGAGCAGAAGAAGAAGAAGAAGAAGAAGAAGAAGAAGAAGAAGCAAGAGCCGCAGCUGGAGUAGGAGGAGCCGGUGAUCGUGCUGGUGCUGGUGCCACCACUACCACUCCAUCGUCUGCAACAGCUACCGGUAGCCAGGAGUCGUCCAGAGGCGUAGGCGGUUACGACCACCGCGCGCGCUCGCCGCGCAAAGAUCCGCGGAAUGUGGCGCAAUGGAAGAAGGUGCUUGGCGGCGGGAACGUGAAGGCGCGCACGGGCGAAAAAUUGGCAUUGGCCGCCGAUGUUUUUGGCCACGGCGAAUUCGGUUCUCCUGAGACAGCCGGCAUCGACUUUUCUUACUCGCGACGCGUCGGACGCGAUGAUGAUGAUUCUCAUCAUCUCCGCCGUCAAUCGUCUUGCGCUCCGGAGGAGUUCAGCUUUCAAGUGGCCGUUGGCGAAUCUUCCUGGACGCAGGGUCGCCCAGAUCGUGCGGCGGAUACUUGUCUCGCGGAGCCUGUUGAGGCGGCGGAAGGAGUUUCAGUGUCGCUGAGCAUUGGUGUGUUGCCGCAUGCCGCUCCUGUCGAUGGAUCGAGCGGUCGAGGCAGCUCGGGCGCUGCAUGCGGAGCCGGAGCUGGUCUAGGAGAGGAUGAAGGAAAGGGGGGAUCCGUGGCAUCGACGGUGUCAUCGAGAUCGACGCUGACGACAACCGCGUCGGGUAGUCGCGCUGCCCGCGAAGCACAAGGGGCGUGGAAGACAGACAAGUCGACAGGGGAGAAUCAUGAUGGACGGCAGCGCAGCGCCAUUCGCAGGAGCGAAGAAGGCGGAACGGAAGGGGAAGGGGGGGCCUAUAGCGGCGGGCCGGGUGCUGGGGAGGAGGAGGGGCGGGAAGGCGGAAAGAUUCGAGACCAGACAAGGGAGGAGGGGGACGAGGUUGUUGAUCGCUCACCCAAGUGUCCGAGGUUGUCUUCCCCCGAUGACGCGGAGGAGGGUUGCCAUUCGCCUCUGCAGCACAAGCAUCCUCAUCAGAGGCGGCGAGAGGAGCGGAGUCCUGGUCGACCCGCCCCCGGCUCGGAAUAUAAGAAGGGAAUCGGCCCGGCUCCUAGGCGUCAUGGCGCCCAUCCGCCGCAAACACAUGCGGGAGCGCUUGACAGCGCCCCUUUUCCGACGGCUCCGGCGCGCCACCAGCAGCGGGAGACAACAGAGAGCGGCCUCGGCAUUCGCAAGGACGAGGGAUCGCGGAAGGACAAGAGCCGCCGUCGCCUUGUCUGCAUGGUUGCCAAGGAUAGGUGCGCUGGUCGUGACAGCGGUGUGCUAGAGGGGGAGGGGGUCUGCCACUUGGGGGGCAAGAGACGACAUCCGUCUCUCUUCCUCCCCCCUUUGUGCGUUUCGCGGAAACGAACAGUCGCUAGGCGGCGGAAGGAAGCGCAAACGCCGCUCGUAACAACUGUCGUCGCUAUCUCCAAUAUCGGUCAUCAGAGCGGACAGCCGUUCAAUUCCACCACCUGUCGCCACCGGGCGUCAGGGGUAGUCGUCCCAUACGCUUCCGAGGCGGCGCUGCGGGUUUCGCUUUCGAAGGUAGAAGGCACGGGAAAGCGUGAGGGGACCUUGUCGUCGGAGGACGACGCAAGGAGAACCAUGUCAUCGUCGACUACGUGUUCGCCUCCCAGGAAGACAAGUCACCGGAAGUCAGAGCGAUGGAGGGCAACGAUGCGGUCAGGAGAGGAGGGAUACUCGUCAUGCGUGGAAGAGACGGGGGACUCGGAGGAGAGCGCGGCUCCUGUGGCUCUCGCCGCUAGAUCGCAGUCUCUACCAUCUCGGUGGUCGCAGAAGACGGUUGUGACAGUCGGAAUGCCUAGAGGGCUCCCUCCGAGGCCAUCGGAUGUGCCACUGGAAAGAAAGAGUCUGCAAGAGGGGGAGAGAGAAGAGAAACGGACAAGUAACUCGAUGCCGGACCCCGCGACCCAGCCACCGAGGACAGAAGCGCCGAACAAGACCAAAGGCGCUCGAGAAUGGUGCCGUCUCUUCGCUCACUCUCUUCUUUGCGAACAAGAGGAUUGCCCACUUUUCGAAGGCGAUUGCAGGAGAAUGCGAGCUCUUCGAAUCCACAUCAGAGCCUGCCGAGAUUCCAACUGCGGGGACCGUCUCUGCGGCGAUCCGGCUUUGCGACACGUCCUGCUUUGUGCAGACGUGGCCUGCUCGAGGUGCUUACGGAUCAGGUCGGAACAGAGGGAACAGAUGAGAUUCGCUGGAGCUGUUGAGCCUCAGCACCUGCCAACGGAUGGGGGUGAUGGUAGAAGGCCGCUGCAUUUGCUAGGCGGGAAUCAUGGCCGUGUCGAAGCGACCAAGAGACGAAGGACGGAGAAAGAGGAGGUCGAGGAGGAAGAGCAAGUGCACGAGAGCAAUCGGGAUGACGACGAGGAAAACAAGCUAGUACGUGGUGAUCCAGUCGACUUGCGGAAUGCCCAUCAAAAAAGCGAACGGAAGCGACCCAAGUACUGCGUGCCAAUCUUCUCUUCAGGAGAAAGAGCGAGAAUCAGCGAUGGCAGCCGCCGUCUUGACAGUCCUCGUUCGAUCAGUCCCCCGGCCGAGAAGACGGCAGCCUCUCGAAUGCUUGUAGCUCUGCAGUUUGCUCUGGCUUGCUGCGAGACCAACUACCAGGUGCACAAGCUUUGCCACCUACGAGUAUGCUCUGGCUUGCUGCGAGACCAGCUACCAGGUGCACAAGCUUUGCCACCUACGAGUAAUGGCGUCGGAGUACGAACUCCUCCUGGGAGGUAGUGACCUUCGUAGGGGCACUUAACUUCGGUGCGGUCUAUGUGACAGUUUUACAGUGUCACGGUAUCCGUCUGUCUGCACACGUCCAUAGCGUUCCGCUUGUUAGCAGCUUUGCUGUCUGUCUUGCCGUGGCGUCCUCCUUGGCGUUUUCUCUGAUGUCUUGUUUAUCUUCACCCGAAUCGAAGUCUGUUCUGAGCGGUGAUUUGCAAUCGCCCGCUGUCUAGGUUCCCUCCUGUCCCUCAGGGGUUGAUGGAGACAUGGCUGUCUUCCUCGGACUCGGAGUUGCAGCACCCGAUAGAUUUGGGGGUUUGCUUGCGACUUUUCACAGUGAGAGGGGUCUUUGACUUUAGGAACGCAAUUGCGAUGUGCAAGGACGUGAUGUCUCUCAAGCAUUUUUUUCUUCUUCUUCUACGGAGACUCUGAUUUGUAAUACAAGUAGAGAAAAGGUCGAAAGCGCUCUUCAUGUCGAAGCUUCCUUGGCGGCAAAAGUGUGCUCUUGUCUUCUCUGGUACGCUGGCCUCACUCUGGCUUUCAAAAAACUGCCAUGGUCGUUGCUUCUUCGCGACUUUGCAACACCUUUCCUUUUUUCGUUUGUUGGAUUCUUGACGCUGUGCUCGCGUCGUCGGUCUCUAGGCUCUAGCCUCUAGGUAGUGCUUGCGUGAAGUUGCGUCCCAGUUAGGACCGAGAUUUGCUGUGAAGCAGCUCUCUUUGUUGUUGGCGAUUACAGUUUUUUUGUUUUGUCCUGUUCGAUUUCCGGUGUAUAUUCGUUUUGGGAUGAGUUGAAGUAGCCACCCUCACUCCGCAUGGGAGGGACAUCGUGAUAGUGAGUACUACGCAGUUUGAAGGCCGUUCUUAAUGGUGGUUCUUUUCCAUAGAGCUAGCUGUACAGCCAACGGAUCAUACUUUUCGUCGAAAAUUUCAUUUUAGCUUCUUUGGGCGUUGAAUUCAAUUACAUUCAAUUCGAUUCAAUUUUAACGUUUCAGUUUUCAAAUCUUGUUUCGGUCAAGUGUAUGUACUAGACAUCAGUGAGGGCCAAAUAUGCAGGUCGUCACAUCUUGUCCCACCCUUAUCUGGACUGUGUUUGUGGGUGUUUGUGUGUGCGAGGGUGCGUGCUGGUGUGAGAGAGGCAGAACCAGGUAGGAAGCGCCCCCACCCCCGCACGCGCACGAGCGAGCGACAGAGCGAGAGCGAGCGAGCGAGAGAGAGAGAGAGAGAGAGAGAGAGAGAGAGAGAGAGAGAGAGAGAGAGAGAGAGAGAGAUGUAAAACGCCAGAGAUUGGUAGUUGAUCGUUGAAGUAUGGGCAUAGACACACGCCGAGAGAGAGAGAGAGAGAGAGAGAGAGAGAGAGAGAGGUGAAAAACGAACUGGCAAGAAAGGUAUGAAAGUCCUAAGGGGAAAACAACUUGCGGAGGCAUGCAUAUUGAUACGAGGGUUGAGUUGUAUAUAACCAUUAGAGAGGGAGGGAACGAGAAAUUCGGAUCAAACAUGCGUGUCCCAGGAAUUUUGCUCGCGACCGAUGAUUUUCCGGAAUCUCUUGAGCGUAUUUCCGCCAAUUCGGAUCACUAGUUCUCUACAGGCGUGGUCUGCAUCCUGAUCAAGAUGUUCUUGCGGACGCCUGGACACUUUUAAGCUUUUGAGGAAUUCCUUCACUGUUUGCUCCUUAGGCAUCCGUAAAUGACUUGAAAUGAGUGCACGUUUUAUACGACCAACCAACGAGGCACUGACGCUUUGUAAAUGCAAAUG